CGCUCUCCUUCAGUUGCUGAUUGACGGCUGUCACCCGCCGAACUAUAACUCGAUCAACUUCGAAAUUAAAAAUAAUUAUUCAAUUUGUUAUAUGUAAAACUGGAAACAGCGCGGACGUGAAUAACUUGCUGAAGCAAUAAUUAAAAAUGUUGCGACCUUUGUUAGAUUUUUUUUGGAGCCCGAAUGUUUGGUUACCGCCAAAUACGACGUGGGAAGAUAUUGCCCCUGGGCCACAUAAGGCGGUACGAUAUACUGACUAUCGUCACGUUUUCUUCCCGAUACCGUUAGCAUUUGUGUUCAUAACCCUGCGCUUCAUAUUACAGAGGACAGUGUAUGCACCAUUCGGCAAGCACCUAGGUAUAAAGGAUACGAGAAAUAGGAAAGCACCCAAUAACCCCAAAUUAGAAGCGGCCUACAGAGCCUCACCUAAAUUAAAACAGCCAUGCGGUCUCGCGAAGCAGUUGGAUAUGACAGAGCGGCAGGUGGAGCGCUGGUGGCGGCUGCGGCGGUCGCAGGACAAGCCCUCCACCCUCAUCAAGUUCUGCGAGAACCUAUGGAAGUUCACCUUCCAUUCCAGCAACUUUGUCUUCGGCCUCUGCAUACUGUGGGACAAGGCGUGGCUCUGGGACGUAGAUCACGCAUACCUUGGCUACCCACAUCAGGGUGUGACAGACGACGUGUGGUGGUACUACAUGAUCUCUGCAGCUUUCUACCUCUCCCUCACCAUCAGCCAGUUCUGGGAUGUGAGGCGUAAGGACUUCUGGCAGAUGUUCGUGCACCAUGUUGCCACCGUGACCCUCAUCAGUUUCAGCUGGGUCUGCAACCUGCACAGGAUCGGUACGCUGGUGCUGUUGCUGCACGAUGCAGGAGAUAUAUUCGUUGAGGCGGUGAAGGCAUCAAAGUAUGCCAACUACCAGAAGACAUGUGACACACUGUUCCUGUGCCUCAUCAUCGUGUGGAUCGGCACCAGGAUCAUCAUCUUCCCUUAUCACAUUCUCUGGAGUACGUGGAUUCGUGCACCGAUGUUGCUGCCUAUGUUCCCCGCUUACUACAUCUUCAACUCUCUGCUGCUGCUCUUGCUGAUGCUGCACAUCGUCUGGACCUACCUCAUCCUGCAGAUGGCCUACAGGACUAUACAGGCUGGCAAGAUGGAGGGUGAUAUCCGCAGCUCCAGUGAUGUGAGUGACAGUCCCGCAACAAACAACCACAAUGAUAACAACAUUAAUAAGAAAGAUAAAUAGAAUGUUCAAGAAUAACAGUUGGGUUUGGUCUAGAAGAUAGUCGAAGGUAGUGAGUGCCAUCUGUCAACUUCUGGCACCUUCUCUUCUGCGUAUAAGAGAUUACUUCUUGAUUUAAAGAAGGAAUUAGUGUUAGCAUUUUAUGUUACAUCACAUUUUUUGUUAAUUUUUUUUUGUAUAUUGUAAUUUAAUAUUUAAAAAUAUGUCCGGAAAAUUGUUUUUUUUUUUCG